AUGGUGAAGUUGGAUUUGACGCAAGUGAAUAAUGUGUUUCGAAAGAAAGAACACGAGUACCAAGAAGAUGUGCCCGAAGAAGAGGAUGUUGAUGCUUCGGAGUUUGAGGAUGAUGACUAUGUACCGGUGAAGACGAAGAACAGGAGGCCUAAAGAGGAUAACUUCACGCAGCAGCGUCUCGCGUCCAUCAACCCUGUGUUCACGCCAAAGAGUGUUUUGCCUAUAUACUUGCUUGUCGCCGCGGUGUUUGUCAUUGUAGGUGGCUGUCUCUUGGCGCAAUCCUCUAGAGUUGACGAGAUCACUAUGUUUUACCAGGACUGUGUCACUGCCGCGCCAAAGGAUAACUUCCAGGACAUGCCCGAUGAUCAUUUCAACUACAUCUUCCACAACCAUAAGGAUUUCAAUACAAAGCCACAGUGGAGAUUUGUGGACGAUCCAUCGGAUGACUCUAAUGAACGUGGUACCUGCCAGAUCAGGUUCACCACCCCUGCUGACUUGAAGAAAACAGUCUAUGUGAAUUAUGUGCUCGAGAAAUUUGCCGCAAACCACAGAAGAUAUGUGCUUUCUUUCAGUGAGGACCAAAUAAGAGGUAAGAGACCUUCGCUGCACGAUGUUCGUUCAAACACCGGUAUCAACUGUAAAGUACUGGGCCAUGACAGCGAAGGUAAAUUGAUUUACCCCUGUGGGCUGAUUGCGAACUCGAUGUUCAAUGACUCUUAUCCAUUUGAAUUACAGAACGUCCAGGACUCCACUAAGAAUUACCCUUUGACCAACAAGAGAAUAAAUUGGCACUCUGAUAAGAAAAGAUAUAAGAAGACCAAGUACAACCACACAGAAGUCGUCCCACCUCCAUACUGGGCAAAGGCUUUCCCAAAUGGUUACAACGAGACCAACAUGCCAAACAUAAAUGAAUGGGAAGAGUUUCAAAACUGGAUGAGACCAGCCGCUUUCGACAAGCAAACAAAACUGAUUAGAAAAAACACUAACGAUACCUUGCCAGCGGGCGAAUGGCAAAUUGACAUCGGUCUACACUGGCCUGUUACUGAGUAUAACGGUAAGAAAGGUGUCUUCAUCACACACGGCUCCUCUAUUGGUGGCAGAAACCCAUUCCUAGGUGAAGUUUAUUUGAUUGGUGGCUGUAUAUGUGCUGCCAUGGCCAUUGUUCUUGCAUUGGCGUGGGUUAUGGGUGGCAGAAAAAUUGCUGACCCAACUGCAUUAUCAUGGAAUAAGGAUGAUUCCUUCAGAUUAAAGUAG